GUGCGACACUCUUCAGUCUCAGGGUUAUCAUUGCAAAAGGUUUCAAAAGGAUCCGUGGUCUUGAGCCGAUCACGGGCGUGGCUGGCGGCGGCGCUCAGCUCCUCCACCUCGUCCCACGCGGCCGCGCACUCACCGCUCUCCGCAUUCUCCUUGCAUGUCUCCUUCGCCGCCUCGAUGCUCGCCUUCAUCUUCUCCGAUAUGAUCUCCGGCGUCGAUGGUGGUUGCACGAAGGCCACCACGCCGCAGCUUCUUCGCCCUCUCGUCAGCUGCUUCCAUGAGAGGUUUGCUCGCCGGAAGGUGGUCGAAGUGGGUUGGAUCGGUGCCUCAGUGGCCGUCGAGGUGGAGGAGAGGCUGGUGCCGGUGAGAGUCGCCGCCAUGAUACUCGGAGAGAGGCGUUGGAGAGAAGACGAGGCUUGGUUAUUUUUUUUAAAUAUACGAAGAGCUGGUGAUUUAGGGACACAUGUUUCUUAUCUGGUAUUGCCCAAUGAGAGAAUGCCAUGUCAGCAUAAAUCUAGUAUUAAGACCGACACAUUAGGCUAAUGUAAUCCGACAUUU